GGUGUUUAUCUUUAUAGCUAGAGUAAUCGUAUUUGUAUAGAUGAUAGGGCAUGUGUGAAAACUGUCCUCUGCAGAUUCCUCUGCCAUUCAAAAGCUUUGUGAUUUUAAUCACGGACCUGUAAUCAUCAUCAUGUCAUUAUAGAAGCCAGUUUGAUUUUCUCAGCUUUCAAAAUGAUCAAACCCAAGAUCUUAAAAGCUCUAAAUACCAAAGUACCCAUUAGGGUUUUCUUCCUUUGUUUUAGUUCAUCAACUGGAAAGUACAUCAGUAGUCUUCUUCCCAGUAUGUUACACUAAAUUGCUCCUUAUGUGUAUACUGUUCCCAGGGGACCAUGUUUCUCAGUAUUGACCCUAUACAUGCAAAUAAUUUUGUAGAGGAAAAUGCUGUAUUCAGUACUCUAAAAUCCAACACAAUGGAAAGAACUCAAAAGAUAUAUGCUCUUAGUCAUGUGUCAGAUAUGUCAUAAUCACUGUGCUACAUUUAUGUUCAAGCUGAUGCCAUUUUCUCUCUUGGAUAAAUAGUAAUGCUUCACAGGAAUCUUUAUUCAACCCUAUACAGAAGAGAACUUGGAAUGCCAGAUACCUAGGAGUAGGAUUUCAGAGUCAUACAACUCCAUGCUGACCUUUUUGAGGAACUGUCAAACUGUUUUCCAAAGUAGCUGCAUCAUUUUGCAUUCUUCAUCGCUAGUGUCUGAGGUUUCCAAUUUCUCUACAUCCUGUUGUCACUUUUGUCCAUCUUUUUUAUUAUUAUCCUUUCUGUUGCUGAUUGUUGGAGGUUCUUUUGGUCUUCGUGAGUUUUCACAAAUCCGCUAUGAUGCUGUGAAGGUUAAACUUGAUCCUGAAUUGGAAAAAAAACUGAAAAUGAGUAAGAUAUCUUUAGAGUCAGAGUAUGAGAAGAUAAAGGACUCCACUUUUGAAGACUGGAAGAAUAUUAGAGGCCCAAGGCCUUGGGAAGAUCCUGAUCUCCUCCAAGGACGAAAUCCAGAAAUCCUUAAGACUAAAACAACCUGACU